GCAGAACUAAAGACACGUUUCCAUUCUUUCCUUUUCAUUCUUUUAUUCACUUAUUAGCCUUUUUUCUUUCACUCCAUUCUCUUCCAACUAAUUAUACAUUCACAUUAUACAUUCACAUUCAACAUCUAUCUCCAUCCCUUCACAUAUUCAUACGUCAUGACCAAGACUAUUUUGUUGACUGUUGCUGUCGCCAUGGCACUGGUUGCCUCGGCUUCGACUUUGUCUGCUACUGCAGCCCCAGUCGCCGCUCCUGUUAGUGCCUCUGCUGGUGCUGCUGUCCUCGACAAUGCCAAGGCAGAAGGAGAGUUUUUCGACUACUCUCGCUACCAAUCCCCUCCAAUUUGGCAAGGAAGCAUCAUCAAUGACUUUGAAGAAAGAGAUAUCCCUAUCAACUAUCGCAUUGGAGGUGCCCGUGGCGGAGAUGCCAGUAGCCGCCGUCGUCGCAGUUUGCCUAAGCGGGCUGUAAUCUACGGUGAGGAUCCUAAGCUGUUACUGAAGUCUGACUUUGGACAAGAUUUGCACCUGGGUGCACAGCUUGAUACAAAGAUCCCAACUACUAUUGACUUUGGAAAGCCUGCUACUCUUCAGAAGAGAGCCGAUGGAGAUUAUGAAGAUGAACAGCAGGAUGAGGGCGAGGAAGGCGAAGACGCUGACGGCGACCUUACUUUCGAUUUCGAGCAACCCGAAGAAGACCAAAAUUAUGAUGAUAAUGAUUUCUUCAAUAUCAGCUCUGCUUCGGACGAGGCUGACGGGGACGACAAUGUUGAAAUCAAUGGCAAUACAAAUGAGACUGAAAACGAAGGAGAGGAAGAAGACGAGUAUGCAGACGAGGACGGAGAAGAGGAGGAAGAGGAGGAAGAGGAGGAGGAUAACUAUAGUUUUAGCUAUAGCCUGGAGGACGAGGAUGAAGAGCGCCGAUUGGAUAAUGAAGCUGGUUUGCAGGAUUGGAUUGAAGAAAUGAAAUCGGAGGAAUAUUUGGAUAUGGUUGGUCACCCAGAUGGUACCCAAAAGCAGCAGCAGGAACAGCAAGAAGUAGAAGAUGGUUCAUCUUAUGACGAAGAUGAACAUUCUCCUUCGGAGGAGGAGAUCUUUGCUGCCUCUUGGAAUAAUUAAGAUGAUCUUUUUUCUUUUCCCUUUUUU